AUGAGCUCGAAUUCGAUCCCUGCAUGGAAAAAGGCGGGUCUUAAAGUCCAACAGAACCAAGAUCCUUCUUCUGCUUCUUUUUCAUCAUCAUCAUCAUCAUCGUCACUUCUUUCCACAAAACGUAUAGAAACUGCGGAUUUAACAAGUAAGCAAAUUAAACAAGCCACCAGUGGGAUAAAACGGAAACUCCAAGAUGACAUACAUCAUACUAAAAACAAAAAACCACCCAAGAGGGUCAAAUUACCCAAAAGUGAACGAAAACCACCCACAACGAUGGUCAAGGAUCAGUAUACUUAUCUUGUACAAUUCUUGAACGACCGCGAGAAUUGGAAGUUUAAUAAACUGAAACAGAAUUGGAUCUUGAAGAAUAUUGAUAAGAUACCAAAGCAAUACGAAAAUGCAUUGAUUGUGUACUUGGCAAGCUUACAAGGUGGCUCAAGAGAGCGAUUGGCAGAGGAUUUGAAACAAGAGAUUAACAAAUGGAAUGUGAAAUUUGAAGAGAUGGAAAAGAAAAUUGAAGAAAAAUUGUUGAACGGUGGAAAUGAUAAAGAAGAAAACGAAGAUGGGAGAGAGGAGGAAAAGGAGAAAGAUGAAACGGAAGCUAACAAAGUUAAAAUUGAGGGUAAUACUGCUGGGAAGAAAGAAGAAGCCAAGGGAGAAGAGUUGACUGCUGAAACAGUGCUCCGAUAUAAAGCUAUUCUCGAAAGGUUGGUAGAUGAAAAAAUUGUUGUAAAAGGUCACGAGGAAGACGCAACGGUGGAGAAUGUAACGGAGGAGAAAAAGUCACCGAUGAAGGAUGAAAAUGAGGAGUCGAGUGUUGAUGGCCUUAAUGUAAAUGAUGAUUCUGAAACAAUGGAUGCGGAAAAGGACGAAGAAGACAAAGGAAAGAAGGAAUCGAAAGAAAAGAAGGAAUCUAAAGAAAAGAAAGGAAAAAAGGAAAAGAAGGAAAAGAAAGAAAAGAAAGAAAAGAAAGAAAAGAAAGAAAAGAAAGAAAAAAAGGAAAAACUGGGUGAUAGAAAAGUCAAAAGUUCAAGAUCAAAGGAAAGCAAACCGCAAUCCAAUUUAAUCAUCAGCGAAGUUGAGGUUUCUCCCGUAUAG